AUGGCGCUGGCCAGGCUGAAAUCGAUGCGGUCAGUGCACCAGCCCGCGGCAGACAGCAGAAGCAUCGCUGCGGGCGCAGCCCCGUCGGAGGCGGCCCGCAUCCUGCUGUCGGCAGACCGCAACCUGCUGUGCGCCAGCGUGGACUGGGAGCGCCACGAGGCAGUCUUCGGCUCUGCAGACCAUGCCUGUUACACAGUCGACCUGCGGCGGCUGAAGAAAGCCCGCACCCUCCUCGGCAAGACGGCUGGCCACCGCGAGUGGGUGGCGGCGGUGUGCCACUUGCCGGGCGGCCGGAUUGCUUCUGGCGGCCUGGAUGCCAGCAUCUGCGUGUGGCCUGCCGCGGGGGCAGCCUGCCAGCGCAUAAAAGGGCAUGCAGGCCCCAUCAGCCAGCUUGAGCCGGUGCCAGCGGCAGGUGCUGCCGCCGCCUUUGUCAGCGCCUCCUAUGACAAGCGCUUGAUCACAUGGUGCUGCCCUGGCGGCAGCGGUGGCAAGGCGCGGCAUCAGCAGGUCUUGGCAGGACACCGAGCCCCCGUCCUGCAGCUCCAGGUGGCUGGCGGCUGCGCGGCAUCUGGCGACCGAGACGGCGCCCUGCUGCGCUGGGAUUUGGCGGCUGGGGCGGCAGUGGGCGGCCCUCUGCAAGCCCAUACUGAGCACUGCACCGCGCUAGCGUGGUGGCAUGUCGGCUCUAGCGGGGGUAGCGCAGAUGAAAUCAGCAGCCGCGGGAACUUGCUGCUGAGCGGGGGGCAGGACGGCUGCGUGAGGCUGUGGGACUUCCGGGCUGGGCGGCAGGUGGCACAGCAGGCCGCGCAUGCCGGGCCAGCCGGCAAGGGUGCUGUGGGCAGCAUGUCAGCAGGGCCGCCCAGCGCUCCCAACCUUGUGGUGACGGCAGGCGCCGACCGUGCCGUGCGGGGGCUGGAGGCAAGGCGCAACCUGGAGCCGGUGUGGAGCCAGGAGCUGCCCGACUUCCCCUACUCCCAGGCUCGCAGCACCAGCGCGGUGCUGUUGGGCUGUGGGGACGGCACAGUGGUGGCGCUCGAAGCCGCCGACGGCAGCCGCCGCUUCGCCCUCGCCGCCAGCGCUUCCGCCGUCCGCACCCUGCAUGCGGGGCCGACUUGUUUUGUGGCGGGCUGCGAUGAUGGCAGCGCCAUGGUGUAUUCAUUGACCUGA